GGGUAAAAUGCACUUUCUUUCAUUUCUUCUGGAACUCUUAGUUUAUAAAAACCUGGGGUCUCCUCGCUCCUGACAAUAGACUCACCAGCACCACGAGGACCAACGGCUAUACCGGAGCUUGGGUUCCCACAGUUGCCUUUACCUCACAAGGAGAGAAAAUUUCUCCUCACAGAAAGUCUAUAAGAUGGACAAUGUGACAGGAUUUUCUGUGGUGAUUGUUAUUCAGAACAUGACCAAUCACAGCCAAUUGCCUGAAGAGUGUUCCAGAAACAACGUGUUCAAGACGGUGGUAUUCCCAGUGCUUUACUCCCUGCUCUUCCUCCUGGGCCUGUCCCUCAACAGCCUGGCCCUGUGGGUCUUCUUCAACAUCCCCAGCAAGUCUCACUUCAUCAUCUACCUGAAGAACAUCGUGUUGGCUGAUGUCCUGAUGACCCUGACCUUCCCGUUCAAGAUCCUGUCUGACUCUAACCUGGCGUCCAUGCAGCUGCGUGUCUUUGUCUGCCAGGUCUCCUCCGUGGUCUUCUACCUCACCAUGUACAUCAGCAUCCUGUUCUUCGGUCUCAUCAGCAUCGACCGCUGCCGCAAGACCCUCCGGCCGUUCGCUGGCACCGACCCCACUCGCCUUACCCGUCGCAAGUUCCUCUCAGGAGCGAUUUGGUGCUUCAUGUUCGCCCUUGGUCUCCCAAACAUGAUCCUCACCAACCAGACCCCACCCUCCCCUCACUUCAAGUGCAGUAGCCUGAAGAGUGAGCUGGGCCUCAAGUGGCAUGAGGUCGUCAACCACGUCUGCCAGAUCAUCUUCUGGGGCACCCUAGCCACUGUAGUACUGUGCUAUAUCCUUAUUACCAAGGAGCUGUACAACUCCUACACUCGUGCCCACAGCAGCCAGAGUGGGGGAGCGGGGCCAGGGGCCAGGCCAAAGAAGGGCAAGGUGAAGGGAAACGUCUUCCUCGUGCUGGCAGUUUUCUUUGUGUGUUUCGUGCCCUUCCACUUCGCCCGUGUGCCCUACACCAUCAGCCAAACGCGGGAUCUGUUCGACUGCGCCCUCAAGCUGUUCUUCUUCCACCUGAAGGAGAGCACGCUCUGGCUGUCCGCCCUCAACUCUGUCCUGGACCCGCUCAUCUACUUCUUCCUCUGCAAGUCGUUCCGGAGGUCGCUCUUCAGUACCCUGCGGCUGAACCCCAGGCUCCGACAGACACUGCGCAUGGUGCGGGCCGAUCGCAACACUGGAAGCACCCCCCUGGGUCACCCGUCUGCCCAAUAGGAGACAGGGGAGUGGGAUCAUGCACCGCUGUAAUGGAUUCUCUUCUGUGCAGUCUCUGAAACUGACAAUGACCUCAAGUGCUCUGUCCAACUGAACGUUUAAAAGAACAUUUACUUUAUUUCUUCCCUGUCAGUAGCAGAUGUGAAGCCUAUUGAGGUGUGUUUCUAGCACCACCCGAGUGCAGGUGUCUGAAACAGAGCUGAAGGGAAUGGUCAUAGUAGUACUCCUGUGGUGAGGCAGGCUGUCUGAUCUGACAGAGGUGUGCAAUACGAGAUGAACUAUGUGUCACCAAAAGACGAUGUAAGUUUACAAUUUCUGUAAAAGCUGGAAAGGUAACAAGUCUUGUAUUUGGGGAAACGUUCUGUCAAGCUCCUGAUUGACAUUACAAUAGUACAUUGUAAAAUCAGUAUUCAAAAGAUACUAUAAAUGACAGAGUUUCUGGGACAUGAGAAUAAAAUACAGUCUUAGGCACCCUAGACUUUAUUAUCCAUCCAUCCAUCCAUCCAUCCAUUAUCUGAACCCGCUUAUCCUGAACAGGGUCGCAGGGGGGCUGGAGCCUAUCCCAGCAUACAUUGGGCGAAAGGCAGGAAUACACCCUGGACAGGUCGCCAGUCCAUCGCAGGGCACACACACCAUUCACUCACACACACACUCAUACCUAUGGCCAAUUUAGACUCUCCAGACUCUUAGUCUUUGGACUGUGGGAGAAAACCGGAGUACCCGGAGGAAACCCACGCAGACACGGGGAGAACAUGCAAACUCCGCACAGAGAGGCCCCGGCCGACGGGGAUUCAAACCCAGGACCUUCUUGCUGUGAGGCGGCAGUGCUACCCACUGCACCAUCCGUGCCGCCAGACUUUAUUAUAUAUAUGUUUAUUUUCGUGUGUGUGUUAGUAUAAAAGAACACAUUUGAGAUUUCCAAAUAUUCAUUUUCCAAAAGAUUUAAUUUUACAGAGACAUUUUUGUAUUUAAUUAACAAAAGUAACAAAUUACUGUAAGCAAUUGACUACUUUUUACAUAAAAACUUGAUCAAGGCUGUCUGAGAUCAGAAGCAAGGAGCCAACCGAAGUCUGUAGAAGAACUGUGGCAAGCCUACCACACACACACAUGCUUGGAAGAACCUCCCUGCUGAUUGUCUUAUAGAACUGCAGGACAGCGUUGGCUCAGAGAAGUGAUGCAGUUUUAACACCGCAGGCUGGUCACAAAAAAUAUUGAUUUGAUUCAGUUUUUAACUAUUCUGCCAAAUUACUAAAAUGCAAUGUAAAAUGUAAUGUUUAUUUACUUUCAUUGAAUUAUUUUUGAAAGAAUCUUAUCUGAACAGAAUAGGUACCUUCGACUUUUGCACAGUACUGUAUAUACUGUAUAUGCACUCAGUGAGCACUUUAUUAGGUAUUAGUUUGACUUAUUAGGACUGCUACUGCUGUAGCCAAUCCACUUCAAGGUUUGACGCGUUGUCUGUUCAGAGAUGCUCCUCUGCAUACCACUGUUGUGAUGUGUGCUUAUUUGUGUGGUUACUGUCACCUUCCACUGUCAGCUUUGAUCAGUCUUGCCCUUCUCCUCUGAUCUCUCUCAGGAGCUUGCCGUUUCUGAGAUACUCAAACCACCCUGUCUGAAACCAACAAUCAUUCUCUUAGUCACUUAGAUCACAUUUCUUCCCCAUUCUGACAUGUAGCCUGAAAAACAGCUGAACCUAUUGACCCCAUCUGCCUGCUUUUAUGAAUUUAGUUGCUAGCACAUGAUUGGCUGAUUAACUAUUAACUAUUGCAUUAACAAGCUGGUGUGCAGGUCUACCAGGUCUAAAAGUGAUCACUGAGUGUGUAUUAUAUACAGACUAUUUCUUAAUUAUUUCUUGAUUAUUUAUUAUCCAGCAAUUGUGUGGUCUACUUUACUAGGAGCAAAAAUAGCUAUCCACUGAAUUAAUUAAUUAAUGUUUGCAUCUCAUCAUAACCUAGUUGAAUCUAACUUUUCUAUUGAAGUGCUUUUCGUAACUAAGUGCUUAACCAUCUGACUUUGCAUUAAUGCUUGGACCAUUGAACCCACUACUGCUAUUUGUUUCACUUAGCAUCAUCACUGGAACCACUGUAAUAAGUUACUCAGAACACUUACUGUGAUUACACAUUGAGCCUUAAAUGGUAUGAUUUAAAAAAAGCUUCCUGGUCUGUCUCUUUGGUCACAAUUAUUUCAAGAAUAUUUUAAAUAAAUGUAUAGUCUCUUUGUAUCAAUGUUAUGAUAACCUCCUGUAAUGCACUGAAAUUGUUGAGAGUUUAGAUGAAUUGAUUAAUAAAUUAAUUUGUUGACCGAUUGGUCAAUUGAUUCAUA